AUGACUUUACUACUCCCUUUUUCUGCGGAACCAGUACCCUCCCUGCAAAAGAAACAUGCAUUGCGGAUCAACACAUUCCCCGCCGAGAUAACGAACAACAUUGCGUCACAUCUAGAUGACCCCCGAGAUGUUCUCGCCUUCGCAUCUUCUUGUUCCGAAAUAUACACCAAUCUCAUGCCUCACCAAAUUCGAGCGCAAGUCAUAGCCUGCGAUAUGCGUCGCAGCACUGUUUGGACGAUGCUCGAGGAAUCUUCAGAAGUGGCAUUGAACUACAAGACGCUCAACGUAUUCAGAGAAUGGCCAGAUUCCAAUUACGUCCUGCCGUUAGAUAACCUUGACACUGACUACAAUGUCGCGGAAGAGAUAGCCGGAUAUUGGAGCGGCGAUGUUGAGACGCAGGUGGAAUACGAAGAAACGAUGCGAGAAGCACUGAAGAAGAUGAAGAACCUGUCGAAUAUUCGAUGGGAAAUGCCUGAGCCACCCCAGCGUCGGCUCUUGAAUGCCCUACGAUUUAAUUCUUGGAACCUCACAAGCUUGUCCUUUGAGCUAUCGCAUGCUUACAAUGACAAAACGUAUCUUGAUUUCUUCCAAUUCAUAAGCCACUCUUGUAGAAAUUUGAAGUCCUUUUCGAUGAACCUUCGUUUGGGCGCUCAGGAUGUACCAGUCUCCGCCUUCUUAACGAAAGCAUACUGGCCCCGUCUAGAACGCCUGACUCUACGAACGCCCUCGUGUCCCGGGUUCGCUCUGGACCAUUUCCUUCAAAGGCAUCGUCACAUCUUAUACCUUGAAUUAGAAAGGUUUCUCGAUGUCUGCUACCCGAUUGGACUCCAAGAGUUGUAUGUUUGGGAUUCCGUCGCUCUAGGUGUUCAGCCCGCAAAACGUCUCUACAUCCUUGCCUUAUACGUCCACUUAUCAAGUUCUUUCGAUAUUGGACCACCUCCGUAUGUUGAAUACCUACAGUACGCUACCAGGUUGGAACGACUUGUCAUCAACUCCGAAGUCGCGCUGCAAACGCUGAUUCAGCUCACUGAAUAUACCCCCCAUCUACUCAAGCUACACGCCAUCAUAAAGCUACAUAACAACGUGGGCACUUUGAGAGAGGUCAAACAACUGUGCACUAAUCUUCCAAGGUUGACUCACCUAGGGUACAUUACUCUAAUAAAUGAGGACCCCGAGGACGCAACGGACAUUGUCGUGGAUAUAGCUGAAGCCUUCCAGAAGCUUAUGUUUAUCCGCGUAGCGCCGUCCCCACCUUGCGGAAACAUGAGAACAGCGCAAAACGGCGACUGGUAUACAGUUGUUCGUGAUGUACGGGGGCAUGUGAAGAGGUAUUCUAAGACAGAAGAUACCUUGUGUGGUGUUGCAUGUAGACAAUGGGGGAAAAUUCCGUGGGGCGCUAUGUAG